CUUUUCCGGUAGUCUCGCCGCAGGCGAUCGCAGCCAUCUCUGUCUCUGUCUCUGUCUCUGUCCCUCUGCUCCUCCUUCACUUGAAUUUGCUCAGUCACCGAAAUCCCCUCUGCAGCAAUCACAAAUCCUCUCUGAUCAAUCCUUCCCACUGAGCUCCCAAUCCGUGUGGGCCUCUCUCUCUCCAGCUGCUGCGAAACCCUAACGCGGUACUCCCCGUCUUGCACCCUACCAUACCGUUGCUUGCAUUGGCGUCGUCCUUGUGCCCGGAGAACGCUCCCCCACCCUCGAUUUCCGACGAGAAGGCGAUCAUCACUUCUCCAAAGAGCCUCAUUCACAUGCCCAUGAGGGUUACUGCCCUCUGCUCCGGCACAGUAAAGUCUUCUCCUUUUUGCUAGUUUCUUUCGCUGCCACUCAAUUACACGGGGCGAGGUGUGCUUUUAGGCGGGAAAGCUGUGGACUUGAUCCCUGGGUCGGUACAUGGAGAACGAGGUGAUCGAGUUCGACAUAGGGUUGGGAGGUGGGGGGAGAGAGCUUGAUGAUGACGGUGUUGAGAUAGAGCACCCUAUCGAUGACGAAGAGAUGAUCGACAGCCCGUCGCUUAAUAGCAUCGGCGGUGGCGGCAGUUUUGGAAGUGGGAGCGGUGAAAUGUACCUCCCUGAGGGCGAUUUGUUGGAUCUCGAGCCCUAUGAGGGGAUGGAGUUUGAGUCCGAAGAGGCCGCCAAGGCCUUUUACAAUUCAUAUGCACGUCGCGUUGGGUUUAGUACUAGGGUGAGCUCGUCUCGCCGCUCUAGGCGGGAUGGGGCGAUCAUCCAGAGGCAGUUUGUCUGUGCCAAGGAGGGGUACAGGAACUUGAACGAGAAGCGGACAAAGGAUAGGGAGAUUAAGCGCCCGAGGACAAUCACUAGAGUUGGGUGCAAGGCCUCAAUGUCGGUUAAGAUGCAGGAUUCUGGUAAAUGGGUUGUAUCCGGUUUUGUGAGGGUGCACAAUCAUGCACUGGUUCCCCCUGAUCAGGUCCAUGUCCUCAGGUCUCAUCGGCAGAUAUCUGGUCCUGCCAAGACCUUAAUUGACACCUUGCAGGCAGCAGGAUUGGGCCCUCGGAGGAUCAUGUCAGCUCUGAUAAAGGAGUACGGAGGGAUCAGUAAAGUCGGGUUUACGGAGGUUGACUGUAGGAAUUACAUGAGGAACAACCGUCAGAAGAGCUUAGAGGGAGAGAUUCAGCUUCUAUUGGACUAUCUGAGGCAAAUGCAGGCUGAGAACCCGAAUUUCUUCUAUGCUGUGCAGGGUGGUGAUGAUCAGUCCACAAGCAAUGUCUUCUGGGCAGAUUCUCGGGCAAGGCUCAAUUACACUUACUUCGGUGACACGGUCACGUUUGACACCACUUACCGGUCCAACAGGUACCGCCUUCCCUUUGCUCCGUUAACUGGGGUAAAUCACCAUGGUCAGCCUGUAUUGUUUGGUUGUGCUUUCCUAAUAAAUGAGUCUGAAGAAUCAUUCGUGUGGCUCUUCAAUACAUGGCUAAUGGCUAUGUCUGGACGCCCUCCAGCAUCGAUAACUACCGAUAAUGAUCCAGUGAUAGGGUCGGCAAUCGCGCAGGUUUUUCCCGACGCCCGUCUUCGUUUCUGUAAGUGGCAUAUCUUUAAACAGUGCCAGGAGAAAUUAUCUCAUAUAUUUCUUAAACAUCCAAACUUCGAAGCAGACUUUCAUAAGUGCGUAAACUUGACAGAGUCUAUUGAUGAAUUUGAAUCUUGCUGGCUGGCACUUAUUGAGAGAUAUGAUCUGAGAGAUCAUGAGUGGCUCCAGACAAUAUAUUCUGCUCGUAGACAGUGGGUGCCUGUGUAUCUCAGAGAUACCUUUUUUGCGGAAAUGUCCAUAACGCAGCGUAGUGAUAGUAUGAACUCGUAUUUCGAUGGGUAUAUAAACGCCUCAACCAAUUUGAGCCAGUUCUUUAAGCUCUAUGAGAAAGCUCUAGAAAGCCGGAAUGAGAAAGAAGUGAAAGCAGACUACGAUACAAUGAAUACUCUCCCCGUGCUGAAAACCCCAUCACCAAUGGAGAAACAAGCAUCUGAACUUUACACGAGGAAGCUGUUUGCAAGAUUUCAAGAGGAGUUGGUCGGCACACUUACUUUCAUGGCUUCUAAAACUGAGGAUGACAGUGAGAUUAUUAGCUACCAGGUUGCAAAGUUUGGGGAGGAUCAUCGAACUUACUAUGUCAGAUUUAAUGUGCUGGAGAUGAAAGCAACUUGUAGCUGUCAGAUGUUUGAAUUCUCUGGUCUUCUUUGCCGGCAUAUAUUGGCUGUUUUCAGAGUGACCAACCUUCUUACCCUUCCCCCUCAUUAUAUAUUGAAAAGAUGGACCAGGCAUGCUAGAAGCAGUGUUACGUUGGAAGACCAUGCUAAGACUGUAUAUACGAAUUAUCUAGAAUCACACACUGUGCGGUAUAACACGCUGCGGCACGAGGCCUUCAAAUUUGUAGAUGAAGGGGCGGAAUCUGUAGACACUUAUGAUGUGGCAAUGGCUGCACUACAAGAGGCCGUGCAAAGAGUUUCCUUAGCUGCAAAGGAUGAUGGGAAACCUAUGAUGGUCAAUGGACGAGUUAGAGAAAACUCAUCACGAGGCAGAAUUUCAACAAAUCCCCCAACAAGCAAUGGUCAGGGGACCUCGGGCCAAACUUUAUCCGAGGACAACAUGGAUCAGAAGAUCAGGGAACUUACAAGUGGGUUGGAAGCUGCCAAAAGGAGGUGCGAAGUCUACAGGGCCAAUCUUCUCUCAGUGCUGAAAGAUAUCGAGGAUCAUAAGCUCCAGUUAUCAAUCAAAGUGCAGAAUGUAAAGAUCAGUAUGAAAGACGGCCUUUAAAAGGUGCACUUGGUCAUGCCCCUGUCUUUUCUCUCGAGUAAUACUGCAGGAAUUAGGAAAUAGUUUGUGCAGCUUUUCAAUGUCUUUGGUCUACCUAUUACCCAAAAAUUCAGCUGCUGAAACAAAAAGAAAAUUUCUCUUUUGUACAGGUUGUGUUUCUUAGCAUAAAAUAGUAGGGAAUUGUUAGCUUAGUCGAACAAUAAAAGUGGCUUCGUCAACAUGAUAGGAAAAAUGGAUGGACUGUUUUUGCUCGUUCCUGUAAGUAUUUGCUUUAAUUUCAUCGGUGGGGAAGGCUUCUGCCUAUUGAUUUAUUUC